AUGGAGGCGGCUGCUUCUGGUGCGGAGACUUCUGCUGCGUCUGCCAGUGCUCUUCACGACGGAAGUUUUGACGGCGUUAGUAUUGACGACGUUGCUGGAUUCGCUGGAGACCUCGGCGCGUCGCUGCAGGAGGUGCUUUCCACGGAGACCUCCAGCGGGACACAUGACGUUGGCGCGGAGGAGGAGGAAACCUUGUUGGACGUUGGUGGCGAAGAUAGAAUUUGGCGCAACACCACGCCGAGCGGAAACUCAGCUCGUAACGACCUACAGCUGGCGAAUGUCGACGCAAACGUAUCGCCUCCAGCUGGUGCAGCCCCCGCCGUGUGCGCCAGUCUACAGGAGGUGCUUUCCACGGAGACCUCCAGCGGGACACAUGACGUUGGCGCGGAGGAGGAGGAAACCUUGUUGGACGUUGGUGGCGAAGAUAGAAUUUGGCGCAACACCACGCCGAGCGGAAACUCAGCUCGUAACGACCUACAGCUGGCGAAUGUCGACGCAAACGUAUCGCCUCCAGCUGGUGCAGCCCCCGCCGUGUGCGCCAGUCUACAGGUGUAUGAACACAAAAUCGAAGGUACAACUGCGCGCAGAUCAAGUGUAUCCGUUCGGGGCAACCGAGAGAGCGCGAAAACCGCGGAUGUCCACGCUCGCAAGAAGACAUCCACCAAGAAGGACGUGUGCCUGUGGCACACGUACCAGGGUUCGGGAGGAACCGGGCACGACCCCCCGCGCGUUAUCGAGAACGAGAUGACCAGGGAGGAUCUCGAAGCAGAAUCCGCCAACAUCAAGAAGAUGCACGAGAAAGGCGUCAAAACGGCGGAGAUCUACAAAUACCUGCAAGAAACGGGAAAGAGGCUGGGAGACAAAGGAAAACAGAUGGUGAGCUAGGGAGGGGUUGAGCUCUUGACGCGACAGACAGAAGGGCAGGGCGGGGUAGUACAUUAAGUCCGAGGAGUAUCACGGUGUACCCCCCGGCGGCAAUGGCUUUUAACGCGUCCCACACGUAGCGUCGUGACCAUAAUGGUAACGUCGUUUGAGCAUGUUGGCGUCCGAAAUGCCUACCUUCGAUUGACUUUGGAAGUGUCGUGAAGCCAACCACAUCCCCUGUGAUCGU